UCCUUCAUUCGAAGUCAUUUCAUUGGCAUUUCCUCUCUCCUCCUUCCUUUCUGGGCUUCUCCUCCUCUUCUUCAUCUUCUUCUUCUCACUGUAAUCAUUCUGCAAAUCAAUCUCUCACACUUUCUCCCUCAUCUCGAUCUCGAGAUCGAAGAUGGGCAUCCAUGGCAGGAGCUCAUGGAUCUUCUCUCUCCUCUGCGUUCUCCUUCUCUUCUCUCAAGCUCAUUCCUUUUAUCUCCCCGGUGUUGCACCUCGCGAUUUCCAAAUGGGAGAUCCUCUUCAAGUGAAGGUCAAUAAGCUUUCGUCUACAAAGACUCAGCUUCCAUAUGACUACUAUUUCUUGAAAUAUUGUAAGCCUAACAAAAUCGUCAACAGUGCGGAGAACUUGGGAGAAGUUCUUCGUGGUGAUCGUAUUGAGAAUUCCGUGUACACCUUCAAGAUGAGAGAGGAGCGGAUAUGUCAGGUGGGCUGCCGAAUGAAACUUGAUGCGGAGGCUGCUAAAAAUUUCAAGGAGAUGAUCGAUGAUGAAUAUCGAGUUAACAUGAUUCUGGACAACCUUCCAGUUGCUGUGAUAAGGCAAAGGAGAGAUGGACAAAACAAGGUCUAUGAGCAUGGGUAUCGUGUAGGUUUUAAGGGAAAGUACUCUGGGACUAAUGAGGAGAAGUACUUUAUCCAUAACCAUCUAAUCUUCAAAGUGAUGUACCACAAGGAUCUGGAAACUGAUGUUGCUCGUAUAGUUGGUUUUGAGGUUACUCCUCACAGUAUUGCUCAUGAGUAUAAGGAGUGGAAAGAACAAGAUACUCAAUUGGUGACAUGCACAAAAAACAUUAUUCAAAGUGGUACCCCGCCACAAGAGGUCGAGGCUGAUAAAGAAAUUGUGUUCACCUAUGAUGUUACAUUUGAGGAGAGUGAUAUUAAAUGGGCCUCUCGAUGGGACACAUAUCUUUUGAUGAAUGAUGAUCAAAUCCAUUGGUUCUCCAUCAUUAACUCCUUGAUGAUUGUCCUUUUCCUAUCCGGAAUGGUUGCCAUGAUCAUGAUGCGAACACUUUACAGAGAUAUAGCCAACUAUAACCAGUUAGAAACUCAAGAUGAAGCUCAGGAAGAAACUGGCUGGAAAUUGGUUCACGGGGAUGCUUUCAGGCCACCUAUAAACUCUAGCCUCUUAUGUGUGUAUGUUGGAACCGGGGUUCAAAUUUUCGCAAUGACUCUAGUCACAAUGAUGUUUGCACUUCUCGGGUUCCUUUCACCGUCUAACCGCGGAGGGCUUAUGACCGCUAUGGUUCUGUUAUGGGUCUUUAUGGGAUUGUUUGGCGGUUACUCCUCAGCCCGUUUGUACAAGAUGUUCAAAGGGACCGAGUGGAAGAAGAACACGUUGAAAACCGCCUUCAUGUUUCCCGGAAUACUCUUCAGCAUUUUCUUCGUGCUCAACGCCUUAAUCUGGGGUGAGAAAUCUUCAGGUGCCGUGCCUUUCGGAACUAUGUUGGCCCUUAUGUUGCUUUGGUUCGGCAUAUCGGUCCCAUUAGUCUUCGUUGGAAGUUACUUGGGAUUCAAGAAACCACCAAUGGAGGACCCGGUCAAAACAAACAAAAUCCCGAGGCAAAUUCCCGAGCAAGCUUGGUACAUGAAACCCAUUUUCUCCAUCCUUAUCGGAGGCAUCCUUCCUUUUGGGGCAGUCUUUAUCGAGCUUUUCUUUAUACUGACAUCCAUAUGGCUAAACCAGUUCUACUACAUCUUCGGCUUCCUUUUCAUUGUUUUCGUUAUCUUGAUCAUCACGUGUGCUGAAAUCACGAUCGUGCUAUGCUACUUCCAGUUGUGCAGUGAAGAUUACCAUUGGUGGUGGAGGUCAUACUUGACUGCUGGGUCAUCUGCACUUUACCUGUUCUUAUACUCCAUUUUCUAUUUCUUCACAAAGCUGGAAAUUACAAAGCUGGUUUCUGGGAUCCUUUACUUUGGGUAUAUGCUAAUCGGUUCAUAUGCGUUCUUCGUACUCACCGGCACAAUUGGGUUUUAUGCAUGUUUCUGGUUUGUGAGAAAGAUCUACUCUUCUGUGAAGAUCGAUUAAGCAGCUGCAUUCGCAAACAAGGUUACAGGAAAUUAGGGUUUUGACUAAUGAUUUUUCAGGGAGAUUUCCACUUUUAAAAACUGCAGAAGAAGAAGAAGAAGAACAAUGUAGGAAGAUUUUGCGCCCGUAGAUUUGUUUGUAUGUUCUUCAAGGUCAGCUGUACUGUAACUCUCGAGGUUCUGCACACUCAGGAAAAAAGAUACUCCAUUGUUUUGCAGGUGGUAGUAAUGUAGGUACAUGGUGUGUACUAAUGUGAUUUCAGAAUGUUACUUGUCAAAAUAUUGUGACUGGAUCCACAUCUUUAAUACUUUGUAGUAUAUCAUACUUCAAUGUUUUUAUCUUAAUGUAAGCUUAAUUGCAUUUUUAUUC